UGUCAUUUUUGUACAAAUUCUUCAUUUACCGGUAAUGAAUAAUCGGGGCAGACGAUGUACGUAUCACAUCUGGCGCGAGACAUAAUUCUCACAUGCAGCAGACGAUUGAAAGCUAUAGCUUGUAAUAUUGGAAUGUAAUUCAAGAAAAAAUGACAGAUAUUUGCAGAUUGUGAUUUCUGCACGUGCCAAAAUGUAGACUUUUUGUAUGAUGUAAUAAACUCUCUUUGCAACAUACUGGUAAGAAAACGUAUUCAUUUUCAAAUUAUCCUCCAGAGAUUGAAACGUAAACUUUUUAACUUUUUUCAAAAUGAGGGAAAUUCUGCAUUUACAAGUCGGACAGUGUGGGAAUCAAAUAGGUUCAAUUUUCUGGGAAAUGAUUUCUGGUGAACAUGGAAUUGAUGAGUUCGGACAGUAUGUUGGUGACUCAGCUUUACAAUUAGAAAGAAUUGAUGUUUAUUAUAAGGAAGGAUCAAACCGGAAUUAUGUUCCGAGAUCGAUUCUUGUUGAUUUAGAACCAGGAACACUCGAUUAUGCCAGAUCAAGUGCCUAUGGAAAGUUGUUCCGACCGGAUAAUUUUGUCGCUGGUUAUGCUGGAGCCGGAAAUAAUUGGGCAAAAGGCCAUUAUACAGAAGGAGCGGAAUUGGUAGAUAACGUAAUGGAUGUGAUCCGAAAGGAGUCGGAAUCCUGUGAAUGUCUCCAAGGUUUCCAGCUCUGCCAUUCCUUGGGAGGAGGAACCGGAUCCGGUAUGGGAACUCUGAUCAUUUCCAAAAUUAGAGAAGAAUACCCGGAUAGAAUAAUGAAUACAUUUUCUGUUGUUCCGUCACCGAAGGUAUCUGAUACAGUUGUAGAGCCGUACAACUCUACAUUGUCUGUUCAUCAGUUAGUUGAAAACACAGAUGAGACAUACUGCAUCGACAACGAGGCUCUUUAUGAUAUAUGUUUCAACACGCUUAAAUUAAAAACUCCAACAUACGGUGACUUAAACCAUUUGGUUAGUUUAACGAUGUCUGGCGUUACAACAUGUUUACGGUUUCCUGGACAACUAAACGCUGAUUUAAGAAAACUGGCCGUAAACAUGGUACCGUUUCCGCGUCUACAUUUCUUUAUGCCCGGCUUUGCACCACUGACGUCACGUGCAUGCCAAGACUACAGAGCAGUGUCCGUUCAGGAACUAACACAACAAAUGUUCGAUGCCAAAAAUAUGAUGGCUGCUUGUGAUCCGAGACACGGACGAUAUUUAACUGUUGCUACUAUUUUCCGCGGACAUAUUUCAAUGAAAGAAGUUGAUGAACAAAUGUUAAAUGUUCAAAACAAGAACAGUUCGUAUUUUGUUGAAUGGAUUCCACACAACGUGAAAACUGCUGUCUGCGACAUUCCUCCGAAGGGAACAAAAAUGUCUGGUACAUUUAUUGGGAACAGCACUGCUAUUCAGGAACUUUUCAAGAGGAUUUCCGAACAAUUUACCGCAAUGUUCCGAAGGAAAGCUUUUCUGCAUUGGUAUACAGGGGAAGGAAUGGACGAAAUGGAAUUUACCGAGGCGGAGUCGAAUAUGAAUGAUUUAAUUUCCGAAUACCAACAGUAUCAAGAUGCAACGACCGAUGAUUUUUGUGACGAAAUUGAGGAAGAAGAAGAAAUUGACGUUGACUGAUAACAUACUGUAAAUUCAUAAUUUUGCUAUGUUUAAGUUAUUACAAAAUUUGCGACGGGGGACAAGAAUUCAUACUUUAAAUUUCAAAAUCUUAUUUGUAAUAUUGUAUACAGUAUAAACAUAAGAUGUUUGUUUUUCAAUGAUUUAACUCUACACCAGAGACCAAUUGCAAAUGAUAUAGAAGUUAGAAUCUAUAAGCAACCGUAUGGCCUUCGACAAUGAGAAAAACCAGUACCGCAUAGCAAGCUACUUUUUCCUGAAAUCGAAAUGAUUAAUCUCACAUUUUGUGCAUUGUUCAAGAAUUGCAAACAUUUCUGAAUUAACAGUAUUGUGAUUUAAGGACCGUAACAGGUAUUUUUUUUAUUAUUUAAACUUUGGUUGUUGGAUGGUUUUUGUUAUCAUGUUUGAAAAGAAAGAUAAUUGGAACAUCAAGAUCUUGUUUUUUUCUACAAUUUUAUUUACAGAGUGGAAGUGAUUAAUAGAUGGUCAUCGAAAACAUAUAAAAACAUUCGUUUGAAAAAAGAACUCACUUUUAAAACCGUUACCUAGUAUUGAUUUAUAAAUGCUUUUAAAUGAUAAGACUUGCUCACAAUGAAUUGAUUGACUAAAUUCAAAUAUUAAAAUAUAUUAUAACUUG